UGUUCGCAGGGUGGCUGUGCACCGUCACCGUCACUCGUCCAGCAGGGAUCCUUUUCUUAUGGGCAUAAGUGGGAGAAGGAGGUGGUAAGAGAGCGGAGCGGUCGAGGAAGCGAGAGACCAGAAAGAUUCCGAGAAAGGGCGAACCAAGUGGGUGGUGAGAGCGACCUCGCCGAGUCGCCGCGCCGUUAACAUUUGCACCCACGCAUACAGACGCAGCGCAGCCGAAGCGGAGUGCUCUCGGGGCGAGGGACCUUGCGCGAGCCACCCCGAGGAGUUACUCGAACACCUUGGUGGCGCACCAGAUACCAGCGAGCGAGCGAACGACCGAGCGAGUAGGUGAUUCUCGCGAAGGUGGACUGUACAUUAUCGCGUUCGCGAGGAAGAAUCAAGAAUUCUUCAGGGAGAAGAGAAGUUUCAGUAAAAAGUGAGAGAGAGAGAGAGAGGGAGAGAGAGAGAGAGAGAGAGAGAGAGAGAGAGAGAGGGGGGAAGAGGGAACCCGAAUUCGACUUGUCGUCACAGCAACACAGCAAAGAAGAAGAUAAAAGAACGCCUGUUCUGUAAUUUGUAAACGCAUUCGCGAAGCAAGAAUGGUACGGAGAUUCUGCAACGGUGCGGUUGCACUUGGCAUCGCCCUGACGGCCUGCGCCGCCUUUCCGCGCGCCGUCAUGGCGAUCGACCUCAGCCGCUUCUAUGGUCAUUUCAACACGAAACGUUCGGAGGCUUGCCAUCCGUACGAACCGUUUAAGUGUCCGGGUGAUGGUAUUUGCAUCUCGAUACAGUAUCUCUGCGACGGAGCACCCGACUGUCAGGACGGAUACGACGAAGACUCAAGAUUGUGUACCGCAGCCAAACGACCGCCCGUAGAGGAAACUGCGAGUUUUCUACAGUCUCUGCUAGCCAGCCACGGUCCCAAUUAUCUAGAGAAGUUGUUCGGAACCAAAGCACGCGAUACGCUGAAACCUCUCGGUGGUGUGGAAAAAGUGGCCAUCGCGCUGUCCGAAUCGCAGACGAUCGAAGACUUUGGCGCAGCGCUGCAUCUGAUGCGCUCGGAUCUCGAGCAUCUACGUUCAGUUUUCAUGGCGGUGGAAAACGGCGACCUGGGCAUGCUGAAAUCUAUCGGUAUCAAGGACUCUGAGCUGGGCGACGUCAAGUUCUUCCUCGAGAAACUCGUUAAGACGGGCUUCCUCGAUUGAACGAUCGUACUCGCCACC